ACGAGCCAUUCUUAAAGCACGAGGGGAAGGGACCACAGAAGAUAUCAUAGAACGACUCCUAGUUGCGUACCGGACGACCCCGCAUGACUUAUUGCCAAACUCCAAAUUCCCUGCUGAGAUGCUUAUGGGGCGAAAACUACGGACAGUUUAUUGUGCGAUGAAACCCAAGCAAGUGGCCCAGCAAAGCCCCCGAUGAAGAAUACCCGAAUUCCCUACGAAGUUGGCACAAAAGUGUAUGCGCGAGAUUAUAGACACGGAUGCGAUAGAUGGAUAGAGGGUGAAAUCACAAAAAAACAUGGGGACGUCAUGUAUGAUGUCAAAGUGAACCAAGAAAUCUGGACCAGGCACCACAAUCAACUCAGGUCAAGGGAAGCGAAGGAGAAAGAAGCAAUUACAAAACGCGUCCCACUCGACUUGCUGUUGGACACGUUUCAACUUCCGCCAAUACCUCCAACAGAGACGACUAAGUCAUCUACUGAAGUAGAACAUCCUUCUGGUUCUGUGUGGUUGCCUCGGAGGUCGGAUCGCAAAAGAAGACACCCAAAGAAACUCCAAGUAAACCCUCGGUUACGUCGCUAUUAACUUCUCCAAAGAGGAGGUGUUGGGAUACUCAGAAAAAUAUCCCAAAAACAAUUAUCCGGUUAAGUCUAACGCUACCCUUGAACGUUAAAUGGUGUCAUUUCCCUAUUGGUCGUUUCCCUACUGAUCAAUAUUUAUUUCGCGUGUCAUUUUCCUAUUGGUCAAUAUUAUUUAACGUGUCAUCUUUCUGUUGGUCAAUAUUUAUAGUAAUCCUAACUGUAUGAAUAUGCAUUUGUUUGUAAAUCAUUAUUCUGCUGCUCCUGA